CCUCCUUACACCUACCUUCCCCUCUCGCGACAUUUCCCCCUUCUUUGAUGACUUCGGCAAUCCAGGGCAACGAAGUGUACGGCGGUGCCGAGACUUCUGCGGGCAUCUUCCUGCACCGCAGCAGUGACGACGCCAUCGUCAAGGGGAACUACGUGCACGACAACGGCGACGCCGGUUUGGCGAUGCUCGAGUCGUUCAACGCCGACGUGUCCGAUAACACGUUCGAGAACAACAAGUACGGCGUGCGGUUCAGCGUGGGCUGUGCCGACAACGUCUUCUCCGAGAACACGAUCAGCAACAAUAGCAAGUACAACGCCUACUCGUACCUGGGGUCGGACGAACCGGACGUUGUAUCUUCUGGGCGGUCCCAGAACAACGUCUUCUCACAGAACUCCUUCGCCGGCGCUGCGGAAACGAUCAAGAUCAAGGAGGCGGACGGCACCCAGUUCCUCGACAACGUCUUCGAGGUUGGCGAUGCGGAUGGUCUGGUUGUGCGGUUCGACGACGCCACCGGGAACCUCAUGAAGGGCAACACCGGGCUCGACGACGGGGAGUUCGAGCUCAAGGUCACCAACGAUUCGUGCUUCGACGAGGAGUCAGACUCCGGCUACGAACCUCUCUGCUGAGGAGGUAGGCGCAGAAUGACCCAACAACGCAUGUCGUUGACCCGCCUAGGUCGGUCUUAACGGAAAGGGUCCCGUCAUCGAGAGACUACUCGAAAUGUUUCACGUUGGGGCCACGUGUGUAUGGAGGAUGAGGUCAUGCGUGCAUUGGACAAACCGCUUGCUGGGUGUUCCACUAUUUCUUCUCGUGGCAGUUGCUGAACGCUGUGCGAUGUCGCGUACUUGUUGUGGUGUUUGUUGGUAGGGAAAUGUUGGUUGAUUGUGAAGGCAAGACCAUCGGAACUCUUGUAGUUUGGCGAGUCGUGUUUUUUUUUAAUUUCGUGUUUUCUGUGGCGGAUCGCUGUCCGGCAAUACGCAAGUGGGGCACACUUGAAAAUUCGUUUUUGGCGGGCCUUGGCACUCCUGUACGACUUUGCAUAUCUUGCUGGUCGCUGUGCGGCGAUUUCGUGGGACCACACUCACUAUACGCGUUGAUACCAAACAUGUGUUUCCCAGUUACAUAGUUAGCGAUGUACCAGACCCUCAUCACCCAAAGAAGGGUGGAAUAAAAUUGGUUUUUGCUUGUUGGUAUUUCUGACUUUUUCGUGGGAGCUAGGCAGCACCAUGUAGCAUAGUUGUGCGAUCUACCUUGUAGUUGAUGUAAUAUCGGUGUUGUAUGUAUCCUCUUCGUUUUGGUGAGCUCUUCCUGAAGAGAAGGGGGUAUAGUCUAGCUGUGUUCCGCCUUGGCAUUUCAAUUUUUUUGUAAUAAAAGUGGUGUGGCUCGUGUUUGGUUGUUGAACUCCUGUCCGCCGUAAGCAUUCCGUUGAGCAUAUGUUUUGUGGUUGAUGCAAAACGGUAAUCAAGUACAACAGCAGCAUUUCGAGUCUUCGUGGCCGGGCUUUUGAACUGUGUUCGGUUGUGCGUCAUUCUGACGCCCUGUCCUGCAAAGGUGCCCUCGAUGCUGAAGACGAGCAAGAGUACUGGGCCCUUGAGCGUUUGGUGUUUGUGAGUAGUGACUCGUAGGGUGGUGUUGAUUCGUUCGAAAAUCCUGGAGGCAACAAACGAUGUCGCAGCUUUGGGUGUGAUCAUCCGCUUCUCUUCCUUGCUCUUUCCUGUCUUCGUUCGUUGUGACAUGAAAGAGCAGUUUUCGAACUCUGACGAACAAUUUGAAAAGAACUGCGUUUUUUUCGCGCGGCGGGGUUUCUGCAUCGAUCAACGCUGCAGGCGGCUCUUCUUUUUUCACCAGAUGAGGUGUGCCGGCAGUAGUGGACGGGCCAUCCGUGCGAGCCCACCAUCGGCUAGGCAAGGAAGGCAUUUCGCAAGAAAUUUAUUGGCCUUUGUGACCCUGUGGUGCCAGACGUGUCAAACGUGCUUGUGUUUGUAAAACCACACGAGAACCAACUAGCUGGCGCGGUACGACCGUGUCACAUUAUCGUCUAGACAAGAUGGGUGCGUGCAUGUAACAAUGAUAUG